CUUUGUCUUCGACCGCCAUCAUCCAAUACUUCCUGAUCGACCUCGCAUCUACGCAGCGAUGGACAUCGACAAGGCCACCGCGAAAAUGGGCGAAUAUAUGCUCAAGGGAUGGGUCAUGACGGAUAAGACGUGCAGCACGGUCAACUGCCCUGUACCGCUGAUGCGCUCGCCGAAUGGCCAGACGCCCGUGGUGCAUUUUUGCACGAGAUGCCAUGGAGGCCCGGAAGGUAUAGGCGCACCGAGCGCAGCCGCCAGCACAACAUCGGCCUCGACCUCGAUCGCGUCUGCGUCUCACAUCUCGCGCGCUUCAACGCCGCCCACUGAGCUUUCAAACGAGUCCAGUUUUGAGGACUUUGUACUCCCUCCUGAGACGGAAGAGUCAAGGCGACGGAGGGAGCAGUCCGAUACCGCUUCAACCGAGAUCGGCAAACGUUUGCUGAAGGGUUGGGCUAUGCUCGCCGACGAAUGCCCAUCUACGAACUGCUGGGGUGUUCCCCUUGUUCGUCCACCGAAAGCCGGCGGUGAGAAGGAUCCGCGCAUGGAAUGCGUGAUCUGCGGUAACGUGUACAUCUCGGAGCGCUCUGCUGCCGGUGUCGACACGCUUGUAGCGCAGAGCUUACCUUCAGUGACUGCGACGCCGGCGCCCGCUUCAACGUCCGGCCCUUCUGCACUACCGCGCGGCGCCGUAGUGCAAGAAUACGGCAUGAACGCCAAUUAUACCUCCACGCCUUCCCUCUUCGCGUCCUAUCAGCCAGCGGACAGUGUACCCUCUCGAGCAGCGCCACCGUCUCAACCUGUACCGCCUACCUUCGUGUCCGAGCAGGCGCCGCCGCCAAACGUUGAUGCCCCAAGUGACCCUGCCGGCCCAUCCUCGGUCAAGGCAUCUAUCGUUGCACUGGAAUUGAGCCUAAAGACGCUUUCGCAAAAGUUGACGUCUCUCUGCUCUUCUGGCGGCUCCGCUGCUUCGAUUUCUUCCACGGCAGAGGCGAUUGACAAGGCCGCGCACGCUCUGCAGACAUGCAAGCAGCUCGAAUGGAGCUUGGACCACGACCUGUAGGCGCGAACGUAUUGCGUUUAUAACGAAGAUCAUCCGAGAAGUUCGCAAGCUUUGCCUGACUGCUUUCACCUAUCCCUGCCUCUCAAGCAACUCCAGUACGCUUUCUGUGCCUACAGAGACGUAUGAGCUUCAACGUUGAUGCUACUCAUACGCGCCGUCAGGUUCUGCUGGCCACGACGUUGACGUGGUCAGUCCUUGCAGGGUACGCAUCUUUCGUUAUAUCGUAAACGAGUCGCGCGGUGAUGCUAUAGCUCAGCUUGCCAGCUCAUAUGCUCAGUCUGCUUGAAGAUCUGCGGC